AUGGCAGAAGGAAUUCUAUUUGACGUUGCGAGGAAAAUCAUAGAGCAGUUGGGAUCAUUGGCUGUCCACGAAAUCGGAUUGGCAUGGAGUGUUAAAAAUGAUAUUACCCAACUCAAGGAUCGUGUGAGAACUAUCCAAGGGAUACUUCUUGAUGCUGAGGAGCAGCACAACAAGAAGAAUAAUGAGGUGACAGCUUGGCUGCAGACACUCAAAGACGCAUUUUAUGAUGCAGAUGAUUUGCUAGACUAUUACUACACAGAAUUUCAGCAACGAAAGGUGAUGGCUGGGAAUAAAAUGGCAAAAAAGGUACGAAUCUUCUUCUCCAAGUCUAAUCAGAUUGCAUUUAGUCUGAAGAUGGCUCAUAAAAUGAAGAAAACUGUGGAGACACUAAAGAAUAUUUACAGUGUAAGACCAGGUUAUCUUAAUCAACGCUUUAUUGAUGAAAAAAGAGUAGUGAAUUUGGAAAGGGAAUCACACUCUUUUGUACCUAUAGGACAAGUUAUUGGGAGAGGUGAUGAGAAAAAUAAUGUUAUACAACUUCUAUUGGACUCUAAUGAUGAUGAGAAUGUUUCCAUUAUUUCCAUUUAUGGGUUUGGAGGAUUAGGAAAGACCACACUUGCUCAACUUGUAUACAAUGAUGAAAAUAUCACAAAAUGUCUUCAAUUAAGGAUGUGGGUGUGUGUGUCUGACGAAUUUAAUGUGAAAUUAAUUGUAGAAAAGAUUAUAAAAUCUAUAACUCAUAAGGAACCUGGAAAUCUUGAACUAGAUCAAUUACAAAAACGCUUUCGCGAGGAAAUUGAGGAUAAAAGAUAUUUACUUGUUUUGGAUGAUGUAUGGAAUGAGAAUCCCAAUACAUGGGACCAAUUAAAAAAUUUGUUGUUGAAUGGUGCAAGAGGAAGUAAAAUAUUAGUCACUACACAUAGUGAGCAGGUUGCAAAGAUUACUAGUAAACAUUCGUUUCAUAUCCAUCCCUUGAGAGAGCUAGCUAAAGACAAGUCUUGGUCCUUAUUCAAGCAAAUAGCCUUUGAACAUGGGAUAGAGCCAAAAGAUUCAAAACUAGUAGAGAUUGGAAAGGAGAUUGUAGCAAAGUGUGGAGGAGUUCCUCUUGUUAUAAAGACGAUAGGAAACCUACUUUAUGGUAAUAACAAAGAAGAUGAUUGGUUACAGUUCAAGGAUAAUAAAAUGUCAAAAAUAAUUCAAAAGGAAAGUGAUAUUUUACCUAUACUCAAGCUCAAUAAUGAUCAUCUUCCCUCACACUUGAAGCAAUGUUUUGCCUAUUGUGCACAGUUUCCCAAAGAUUGUGAGAUUGAGAAGCAAAAACUUAUUCAUCUUUGGAUGGCACAAGGGUUUCUUCAAGGAUCAAAUAAGAAGGAAUGUCCAGAAGAUAUCAGUAAUAAGUAUUUUAUGGCCUUACUUUUAAGGUCAUUUUUCCAAGAUCUAAAAUAUGAUGAAUGGGGCAAUAUAAUUGCAUGUAAGAUGCAUGAUGUUAUGCAUGACCUUGCACAAUUAGUUGCAGGAAUUGAAUGCAAAAUGGUAGCAUUAGAUACGUUUGAAACUGUGGAUGGAAAAUGUCGUUAUUUAUCACUUGAUUGUGGCGAAAUAAGUGGAUCAUGGAAAUUUCCAACUGCAUUGUAUAGUGCCAAAAAUGCAAGAACUUUACUUUUAUUGGAUAAAUUAAAAUGGGAAAUCAAAGUGGAUGAUGGUUACAAAAUUUUAACAAGUUAUAGGCAUUUGCAAACAUUGGACUUUGGAGGAAUAAGGUUUCAAAAGUUGUUUACUUGGAAUGGUGAACUAGACAGCUCAAUUGCCAAAUUGGAGCACCUACGAUAUCUCAAUUUGUCAAAGAUGGAUAUUAAAAGUUUUCCUAAUUCCAUUUUGAGACUAUGGAAUUUGGAAACAUUAGACCUCUCCUAUUGUAAAAAGCUUAUAAAGCUACCAAGUGAUAUUAGUAAGAUGGUGAACUUGAGGCAUCUUAUAAUCAAAGGAUGUGAUUUUUUAUUGGGAAUGCCACAUGGACUGGGGCUUUUAACUAAUCUUCAAACACUAUCACUAUUCGUAGCAAGUAAGAGAAUUAGAAAAAGCAAACACAGUGGGAUAGAUGAAUUAAAUAGGUUGAACAAUUUGAGUGGAGACCUAGAAAUUAAAAUUUUAAAAUACAUUGAAAAUGGAAGUUUGGCCAACUUAAAUGAUAAACAGUUUCUUCAGUCUCUUAUACUGCAUUGGGGGAGAAGUAGACAUGGGGAGGUUGAGGGGAUUGAUGAAGUGAUGUUAGAAGGUCUAAAGCCACACCCAAAUUUGAAAAAGAUUAGUAUAAAGUCAUUUAUGGGUGUGAAGUUUUGUAAUUGGUUUUCCUCUCUUACAAAUCUUACUUCAAUUAGUAUAGAAAGGUGUGGGCAUUGCCAAUCUGUACCACCAUUGAAUAAACUUCCGCAUUUGAAGAGUUUGUCUCUUCAAUUUCUAUCUGGUUUGGAGUACAUCUCAGAGGAAGCAAAUCUAGAAUCUCUACCAGUGGCGGGGAUGCGAAACCUCACUUCUCUAGCUGGUUUGAAAAUUAUAUUAUGUUCAAGACUAACUCAAGUGCAUAAUGGUAUAAGAUUUCUCACCUCACUUCAAAAUCUGAGGAUUGAAAGGUGUGACAAGCUUGACUUUCUCACGGAUGACGUGCAAUGGCAAAGUCUCCAAAGCCUCUAUUCUUUACAACUUUUCAAUCUUCCAAAAUUGGUGUCUUUACCAAAGGGGUUUCAAUACCUUACCUCUCUACAGAAGUUGAUUAUUGGCAGUUGUAAGCAAUAUGAAUCACCCAGCAGUGAAGAUGAUGAUGAUAUGCCAUGGCAAGGCUUUAGGAGCCUCUGGUCUUUAAAAAUUCAUGGGCUUCCAAAAUUGGUGUCUCUCCCAAAGGGGCUUCAAUAUGUUGCCACUCUACGAGAUUUGUAUAUUGCAGGUUGUGACCAAUUUGGAUCACUCAACAGUGAGGAUGAUGAUGACAUGCCAUGGCAAGGCUUUAGGAGCCUUUAG